UACAAAGCAGAAGAACCCCACCCAAAAAAACAAAAACAAAAAAACAUUUAAGGAACAACAAGCGAAAAAAGCCUGAAUGGAUUGCGAAAAGCCUGCCGUUUGUGUUCUUGAUGCAUCAACUUACGUGGGAUUUUGGAUCCUCAAACGAUUGUUGAGCAGAGGCUAUUCAGUUCAUGCUGCCAUUCACAGGAAUAUUGGAGCUGAGACAGAGAUAGAGAAGAAGCUUAAGGAAAUGGAAAAAGUGGAAGAAAGAUUAUCAGUUUUUGCUAUUGAUAUUCUUGACUACCAGUCAAUUCUUUUGGCUUUGAAGGGCUGUAACGGCUUGUUCUGCUGUCUAGAGAACCCAGAUGGAUAUGAUGACAAACUGGUGAAAUGGGAGGUAAGAGGAGCCAUUAAUGUGGUGGAGGCGUGUGCACAAACAGAGAGUGUAGAGAAAAUUGUGUUCACUUCUUCUUUGACGGCUGCAAUAUGGAGGGAGAACAUCUCUUCAGAGAAAGAUAUUGAUGAGAGCUCAUGGAGUAAUCAGGAAUUCUGCAGAAAACUCAAGUUGUGGCAAGCGUUGGCCAAGACACUAUCAGAAAAGGCUGCUUGGGCUUUAGCCAUGGACAGAGCGCUUAACAUGGUUUCCAUAAACGCUGGACUAGUUGUUGGCCCAGCUGUCGCUCAAGAAAACCCUCUCUCAACAAUGUCUUAUCUCAACGGAGCGGCUCAAAUGUAUGAAAAUGGGGUGUUGGCACUUGUUGAUGUGAACUUCCUAGCUGAUGUUCAUAUACGAGCUUUUGAGGAUCGAUCAACAUGUGGGAGGUACUUUUGCUUUGAUCAGAUAGUCAAUACAGAAGAAGAAGCUGUUAAGCUUGCACACAGCUUGAGCCCUUUGAUAUCCCUGCCUCCUAGGUAUGAACGUCAAGGGAGUGAACGUCAAGGGAGGCUGAGAACCGAAAAAUUAAACAAACUAGUUGAGAGCGCAGCUUGUCACUAGACCCUUUUUUUUUUUCUUUUUUUUUUAGGUCAUGAACCUCACGGGUGUGCAUAUGACUUUAUACUACUUUUCUCUUUCAUCGGUGUGGCUAGAAAGUUUAUAGAGUCCAAAAUCCAAUGUGUAAUAGAAAAAUCAAAGAUAAUAAAUAACAAUAUAAAUUUUAAGUACUA